AAGCUGACAUCACUGCGGAUGACAGCCCUCGAAUGCGAAAAGAAAAAAGUGGAAGGUGCAUUUUAAAAUGCUGUUUUUGCUGUGAAAUACGUAACUCUAGACGGGAAUUCAAGGAAAUUCGAGAAAUCAGGCGGAUUGGUACUCCCUUUCGUGCAUAAGUUGAUGCUCGCUGGAAGUUUUCUUCUUUUUUCUUCUGUUGCUGCCUAUCGGCAUUUGUGUGUUGGAGCUCUGCCUCGUGCCCCAUUAGGCUGGCCAAUGGAGAGAGAAUAAAAAUAAGUAAACAACAGUCGGAGAAAAGAAAUUACUGCCGCAGCGGUGGUAAGGGAUGCAAUUUAUGAUGCUGCGUGAAGACGGAGAAACGUAGAAAAGAAGUGCACACAUGACAUAUCCAAAAUACGCUCCACUUGAGAACAGAAGAUUUGAGUGGUCGCAAAUAUAGCGUAGAUUGGAUUCAAUUAGCGCUUGUGUAGUAACUUUGUUUAUGUUUAGUCAAACGGGCGGAAGGAAGUUCGCUGACAGACAAGUUGUUGACAAGUUUGUGAAGAUGUCUGGACGGAACGAGGUUGAGCUGGAGAAGCAAUUUCUGGCCGAUCUUGAGAAGGCCAAGGCGCUGAGUUUGGAGACGUUAGAGCUGGAGAAAAUUCGUAAACAACGCUAUUCGCAACCUGAUCCUUCAGCAUAUGCUGAAUCACGAACUCUCGAAGAAUACAGAAAUUAUCUACAACGAAAGGCUCAGCUCUACCAGGAAGCUCCACAACCGACUGGUCAUGUUUCAAGAAGGGCAUUUAGUUCAGCAUCAGUUCCUCCACCGUCCUCAGGAUCCUCCCGACACAAUAGUGAAAUACGUAACUUUAUACUGGAAGGACAGGAGCAAAGAGCGAAAGACGAGGCAGAUUUGAUAUCGUUCAAUGCGGCACCGUUGCCGGUGCCAAAUCCUCAAGAUGAAGCACAUAAUAAUCUGAAAGAACUGGUAGACCAGAUGCAUCGCUUUAAUUCGCAGAGUUCGUUUGACACAAAUUUGAAAAGUCAACGUAGUUUGAGUAUGCCAACGGCAUCUCCAUUUGGAACAUAUACGACACCUUAUGUCCAGCAGCAGAUUGUACAAAAUAGUAAUCCAGCCUCGAUGCAGUUGGUUCCUUACAAUCAACAAGCGGCCAAAUCAAAACCUCUCACUGCGGACGAAUUGCAACGUUUAUACAAUAUGCCAACAUAUGGUCCAGCUCCUCCCUGUGUGGGACCUCCCCAACCCGGUUUCAUACCUCAGUCCCAAUUUCCCGUUAACUAUUCUCCGUUUCCACCAAGCUAUGUACCUCAAACCACGAAUUAUGUCCCACAACAGCCAGUUCUCCCUGUGGUCACAACCUACGGUUUUAUGCCUCAAUCGCAGGUGUUUACAACCACCUUUGUUAAUUCUGCACCAACACCAGCCGUGGCUAAUCCGGAGUCUGCUGUAGUUCACGUCCCUAAACUGAUUAACCCUCCCUCGACUCUUAACACUCGUCCAUCGUCCCAGCAGCAACAACUUCCGGGUCCAUCCAACUCCAAACCUGUUCCAAGUACAGUUGGAUUGAAUACCACCACCAACAACAACACAACGACUGCAAAUGAAGUUAUCUUUCGUCAGAAAAGUGAUCCCCCUUCCAAACUGGGCGAUAAUUUGAUUGAUUUCGGAAUCGAGGACAAUUCUCGCGUUUCAGUUUUGGAAGCAUUCGAUCCAUUGCUGUGUAGCAAUCAGAGCAGUUCCGGUAGCGGCGGAAGCGAUGAUGACGAUGACGAUGAGCAGAAUGGCGACAAAGACGAUACCGCAUCCACUUACUACGAGGACUACGAUCCGUUCGAUUACAUUUACAGCGGAGGCACACAGUACUCGGAUCCGGUGUACGAGGCGGUGAACCGAUCCGACAAGACGCCCCUCUCUCCGAACAGUAGUGGAUCUGGACCUCCACCGUUCGGAUGGAACAUUCCACAGGGUAGUGGUAUCCAAGGUGGAGAUGGACAGACGGUAAUUGGUGAUCCACCGCCACUCCCGCCAAGAAACACCGACCUGUACCAUCAUCCGAUGCUGGGUGGUGAUGAUGGUACGAAGGGAGUGGCUACGGCUGGCAAUUAUGAGCUCAUGCAGAGGCGGAUUGCCGACAGGCGUUCGGCACCCACGAAGCUGUACGAGAAUGUGGUUGUCAGGAAGAGUUACGACAAGGAAUUGAUAGCGUUCUAUACUAUGGUCAAGCAAUUGAGAGCACAAUAUCGGUACGAUCAACCGGACACAAACGUAGGCCAUGUGGUAGCCUCUGAGUUCGAUAAUCACUAUCCAGAGGGGACCAGUAUAAAGCUGCUUGUACAUCCUUCACUCGAAUGCUUUACAUCGUAUGAUAGUCAAAACAAGGGACAAAUAGAUGGCUACGGUCCACCGAUUCCAUUUACCUGUGAUAUCACAACGGCGGUCGAGCACGUAAUCGCCCAGGUCUACUGCGCUCUGGAGGGCCAGGUGGUGAACGGAGUGAGCGAUUAUAUGCUGAAGGCGAUCGGAAUUCAGGAGAUCCUCCGCACUCGGUCCAAACUGAACCAGCUGCAGUGUGUGCAUAACAGCAUCAAACUGGAACACGACGUCCAGCUGGGAUUCGUUCCGAAAACGCCACGAGUAAUGCAAAGCAUCGCCCGAACUGCGCAGGACGACCAGCGGGACGCGGAACUCAAGUUGGAAAACAUUCUGUCGAAGGAGGCCACCUCGGCGAUCAGUUAUGACGAUUUGAUGAUCCUGUUGGAGACGCUGGAGACGGAGAUCGAUAAGCUGCAAUCGACGGCGGACGAUCAGAGCCGACACACGAUACUGAGCUGCUCGGGGGUGAUUCAAGCGGUGAAGGCAAUUUGCAAUAUGCUCGGUCCAAUCGAUACGCUCGAGAUUACCAAAUCGAUUGACGAUUUGAAGGCUUGCUGUGACGGUGGUCAGACGGUUUACAGUUAUAAUGACUCGUCGGAUUAUAGCAACGGGAGUUUGAGUAUUCUGUCGGAAAGUGGUGAUUACGCUGAGGUGAAACUUCGCCCAAGAACGAUCAAUCAGCAGAUUCGGUAUCGAUGCAACGAAGUGCGGAAUGCCAUCCAGGGGUUGCUGGAGAUUUAUUCGCACGCAUUCCGGGUGAAUUUUUGUGUUAAUACACCUGAGUGGAACACAAACCCUGUCUCAAUUUGCAAUAUCUCCCAGAGUGUGAUGGUGAAUAUUAUGUGUUUGCAUCGGCCUCCGAUUUAUUGGAAGCAUGAUGAGUAUAAUCUGGGCGUUCAAAUUUACCACGGGGCCCGAUAUAUUAGCGAAGCGGUGGUUACGCAGUGUUCUAACGAAAUAAGUGGAAUUUAUCCGCGGCUUAAGUUCAAUUCCUGGAUCAUGUUCCGAAAUUCCGUGUGUACAUUGCCACGCGAAGCGCGAUUGAUAUUUGUGCUGUAUGGUGUUACAAGGGAACCAGUGGAAGGCGAAAAACAAGAAGGGUCCACAAAUGCGGAUUCGUCAUCUCCGGAGGGGAAGGUUACCAAAAUUGAGCUCGGAUGGUCGUCAAUACAGUUCUUCGAUUUCGAGAGGAGAAUGAUUCAAGGUUCCUACUUGCUGUCCUUGUGGCCACCAACUGCGGAAAAAUAUUUUGGACCAGCCCCCGCGAAAGGCACUCACCCACUCGGUUCAGCAUACCCAAUACUGGGUAUCGAAAUACCAAGUUACGGUGGAUCGGUGGUAUUUCCGGAACCGAUCAAAAAUCUUCCACCCUGGACAAAACUGGACUUCAACAGUUUGGAUCGAAAUUUACAGCAGGAACUCAUAGACACAGCCGAGCAAGGCUAUUCGGCGGAUAAGCUCGAAAAACGGGAAGUUCUCUGGGAAAAGCGUCAUUAUUUGCACAGUUUGCCUCACGCUUUGCCGAAGAUACUUCACGCUGCCCAUAGUUGGGAUUACGCUUGCCUUGCGGAUCUACACGCUCUCCUGAAAUCAUGGUCAAAUUUGAGUCCCGUUCAGGCUUUGGAAUUGUUGCUUCCUCGCUACCCCGAUCUGGAGGUCCGUCGGCAAGCCGUUAAAUGGAUAUCCCAAAUGCAAAACGACGAGUUCGUCGAUUAUCUCCCUCAAUUGCUGCAAGCUUUGAAACAUGACACGUACGAAGGAUCCCCACUAGCUCAGCUAUUGUUGCAAAAAUCGCUGGAAUCUCCUCGAAUAGCCCAUCACUUGUACUGGCUGUUGAUCCACAGCCUCCCCGGAGAGGCUCCUCAAAAUAUGAUUGAUAUGGGUCAGAUUGAUGAGACGCUGGUCAUUCAAGCGAGAUACCAUCGCAGAAAUCAACUGAUGCUUCGUGCACUAUUGGCAACCUGCGGUGAAAAGCUAACCUCCAGAUUUCUCUCCCAGAACAUGAUGUGCAAAAAGUUGGGUGAAGUGGCGCAAAGCGUCAAGCUCGCCAAAGAGUCCCACCGACUACAGAUCCUUAAACAAGGCUUGGAAUCGGUGAAUCAGAUGUUGAUUGACAAUCCCACCGUUCUGCCGUUGGGACCGGGGAAUGAAGUAACGGGAGUGAUCGUUCGCAGUUGUAAUUACUUCAACUCCAACACGCUUCCAUUGAAGGUUAAUUUCAUGGGCCCGGAUAAGGUGAUCGUGCCUGCGAUCUUCAAGAGCGGUGACGAUCUCCAGCAGGAUAUGCUAACCAUACAGAUGGUACGAAUCAUGGACAAGCUGUGGCUUCGGGAGGGACUCGAUCUGAAAAUGGUGACGUUCGAUUGCGUCCCGACUAGCUAUAAGAAGGGAAUGAUCGAGAUGGUGUCGGACUCGGAGACGCUGCGCAAAAUCCAGGUCGAGUGGGGUUUGACCGGUUCGUUCAAAGACAAAUCGAUCGCCGAGUGGCUCGCCAAGGUGAACCCUAGUCAAUUAGAAUAUCAGCGAGCUGUGGAGAACUUUACGCGUUCCUGUGCCGGCUACUCGGUGGCCACGUAUAUUCUCGGUAUUUGUGAUAGGCAUAAUGAUAACAUUAUGCUCAAAACUUCGGGACACUUGUUCCAUAUAGAUUUCGGUAAAUUUUUAGGAGAUGCACAAAUGUUUGGUAAUUUUAAGAGAGAUCGCACACCCUUCGUCCUGACCUCAGAUAUGGCCUAUGUGAUAAACGGAGGUGAUCGGCCUUCGGCCAAGUUCCACAAGUUUGUGGACCUUUGCUGCACUGCAUUUAAUAUUGUGCGCAAGCAUGGCGAUCUGAUAUUGCACAUGUUCGCUCUCAUGACCACUUCCGGGAUACCAGGGGUCACGGUGGAAGCGGUCAAUUACGUACGUAACGCACUGCUGCCCGGUCAAUCGAAUCCGGAGGCUGCGGCUUCUUUCGCGAAAAUGAUCCAUAUUUCGCUCAAGUCAUGGUUUACGCAGUUCAAUUUCUUCUUGCACAACAUUGCCCAAAUGAAAUUCUCCGCCGACAGUGACGACGGAGAGCUGCUGAGCUUUGUACCGAGGGUUUAUACUAUGGCACAGGAUGGACGCCUCAAGUCUGUGACCGUCCACGGUUUCCAGAAGCGAUACGAUUUGGAAAAGUAUUAUACAUACAUUCUAAAGGUCACCCGCCAGAAUCAACCAGACCCAGCGUACCUGUUUCGUUCGUAUAAAGAGUUUUGCGAGUUUCACCAGAAACUCUGCAUACACUUCCCACUGGCAAAGCUACACAGUCUCCCCUCUGGCAUCCACGUCGGUCGGUCGAAUGUUAAAACGGUAGCCGAACGUCGUCUUCCAGAGAUUCGUCACUUUUUGAUCUCCUUGUUCAACUCGGCGGACGAAAUUGCACAUUCCGAUUUAGUUUAUACAUUCUUCCAUCCGCUGUUACGCGACCAACAAGAGGCCGAUAUACACGCCGCCAAGGUUAAAGGCAAUCGCACGAUCGUUGACGAGAACCAGCAGCCCCGUGGUGAGAUUAAGUUCUCGCUGCAGUACCAUCGGGAUGCGCUGAUCGUGAUGGUACAACAUGCGCGAUCGCUGCCCUCGACGCCGAACAACCCGGAACCGAAUACGUACGUGAAGGUGUAUCUGCGCCCGGAUCAAUCCAAAUCGACCAAACGGAAAACGAAAGUGGUGCGCAAAAACUGCAACCCCAGCUUCAUGGAAACGCUUGAGUAUCGUCUUCCGCUGGAGUUCAUCCAGAAGAAAACGCUGGAAGUGACCGUGUGGUCGCACGAUUCGCUACAAGAAAAUGCAUUCCUCGGAGGCUACCGUCUGCCGCUGGUCGAGCUAGAUUUGCGGCACGAGAUCAACGAAUGGUUUCCGCUUAGCUAUUUACCGAGAUCACAUUGACGGGCAAGAAGAACUCAUCCCUCUCGAUAGGUUUUUCUAUACGUAUUUUUACGGGAUAUUAUUUUUGCAUAGCAGUAUAUUAUUUACAAGUGUGUUUAAUUAAGCUUUCCAAUAUACAAGGUUUGUGUUGUGUUGAACCAUGAGCAACGGUUGCUCCGACGGAAGAAAACUAUUAAGCAAAAGAAUUUAUUUACAAUAACCUCUCACUGAGGGGAACACUCACAGGUAUAGAUAAGCUAAUGAAGUGUAUUAAUGUCUCGUUAACGCAAGAACAUGUUUUGCUUACGACCAGUCUAUGUUCGAUUAGUAUUUCUCUGUUGAUACUAUCAAAUGGCUGCAAUCAACUAUGUUUCAUAGAUGUUAAAUAUGAGAACAAUGGAUGCCAGAAAGGAAAUAUUCAAUGAAAUGUGUUAAAAACGUUAACACUGUUUUAGAAUAACGAUGCGCACGAAUUUAAUAACUUUGUUCAGAAAACAUUCGCGAUGUAUAAAAUGAUUCAGUAUAGUCCUCCUUAACGCCAGUAUGAGUAACACACAUGUGGUCACGCAGCUUUCGUUUUCUUAGUCGCAGUUGAUAUAAUAAAAAAAUGAGUGUAUGAAAAAUUAUUUUGCUUCACUUGCAAUAUUUAUACUUAUUGUGCUUCGUCGGAUUGGCAUUAUUUGAUUCACUGAAGAAGAAAAGCUGAUAAAAUCACCAAUCGUUAGAUGAUACGUUUACCUGAAAAAGAAAUAUAUUGGCAUUUCUUAUUGUAACAUAAAA